GCCGGAGCAGCCGGAGCCCUGCGAGUGUGUGUUGGUGCGUGUGUUUUAAGUGUGUGUCCCGCUCUGAAGCGCGUGCUAGUGUGUGUUGGUGCGUGUGUAUCUGAGUGUGUGUCCCGCUCUGACGCGCGUGCUAGUGUGUGUUGGUGUGUGUGUAUCUGAGUGUGUGUCCCGCUCUGAAGCGCGUGUCCGCCGAGGUCAGGAUGCCCGCCGUGCACGAGCCGCCGCUGGUCCUGAUGCUGCUGACCCUGCUGGCCCUUCAAGCGUCGCCGGGCCGCGCCGCCUGCGUGGAGGUGGACUCGGACACGGAGGCUGUGGCCGGCGACGGCUUCAAGCUGGGCUGCAUCUCCUGCAAGAUGCGGGGCGAGGUCUCGGCCCGGGCCUACGUGGACUGGUACUUCCGGCCGGCGGACGAGAGCGAAUUCUACCGCGUGUACAGUUACCACAACGAUGGGGGCGAGGUCCUGGAUCAGCAGUUCUACGAGCGGCUGCACUGGAACGGCAGCAAGCAGACGCUGGACCUGCAGGACGGAUCCGUCUACCUCCUGAACGUGUCGUACAACGACAGCGGCUCCUACCUGUGCGUGUUCCACCGCACGCUGGUCUACCCCGAAUACGAGUUCAGCACCAACACCACCAAGAGCUUCUACCUGAACGUGGUGCCACGACUCACCAGGGGAAUCGCCUCCAUCCUGUCGGAGGUGAUGAUGUACGUGUCCAUCAUCGGGCUGCAGGUGUGGCUGGUGGUGGAAAUGAUUUACUGCUACAGGAAGAUCGCCGCCGCCGGGGAGGAGGCGCUGAGAGAGAGCGCGGCCGAGUACUUGGCCAUAGCGUCGGAGAGUAAAGAGAACUGUGCUGCGGAGCAGGAGCAGGAGCAGGUGGAGGAGUAACUCCGGUCAAGGAAGAGUUCCAAACGGCGUCACUGAAGACUUCCACAUCCACUUCUUCCUCUCCUCCUCUCCUGGUCGACACCUCCCUCCAUCCUCUCUGGUGGAAGAAUGGAAGCAGGAAGAGGAGGCGUCUCCAUGGAGACCGUUUUUUUUUACUGUGACUCCUCCGGACGGACGCAUCGGAGGAGGAAAUGUUCGCUGUAAAUACGUCCAACGAAAGCGUCUCUGAACACAACAGACUUUUGCAUGUUGACAAACUAAUGAAAACCACAGAAAACGUGUUUUAACUUUUUAAUCGGUGUUUGUGAGCUAAACCAAAAAGUUCAAAAAUACGUUUUUAACCGACUCGUCUGCUGCGACUCACCUGCAGGAGAAACACCUUUGUUUUCUUCUGCUGCUUAACGCUAAAUAUAAACAUGAAAAUAUGCGUUUAGUUUUUCUUCCUGAGCUUCAUUUAACAUUUAAAUGAGAUUUAAAACACACAACGCUGGUUAGUCAGACGAACCGUUCCAACAUUCCAGUUGCAGAUUUAAACUUUCAGGUGCUAAAACGCGAAAAUCAGGCGGCGUCAUCGUCCGUUUAAACAGAUGAAGCAGAACUGAACUAAAGCACAUUUAUUUUGAUAACUUACUGCAGCAGGUCGUUUUAAUCAUGGCUACCUUCAGUCCGGCCCAGCAGAGCUACAGAACAAAUUAUUUUGUAAUUAUUUCAGACAAAGAAGAUAAACUUUUGGAAAAAUUUGAGAAUUAUUUCACAGCGUUAGCUCAGUUAUAAUUAGCUCAAUUAACAUUAGCUCAGUUAGCAUUAGCUCAGUUAGCAUUAGCUCAGUUAGCAUUAGCUCAGUUAGCAAUAGUUCAGUUACCAUUAGAUCAUUUAGUAUUAGUUAAGUUAGAAUUACCUCAGGUAGCAUUAGUUAAGUUAGCAUUAACUCAGGUAGCAUUAGCUCAGUCAGUAUUAGUUCAGUUAGCAUUAGCUCAGUUAGCAUUAGUUCAGCUAAUGUUUACGCUAGCCACGCUUCCCCUAGUUACCGUUGCUAACUUGGACAUGCUAACAGUUUUACGACAGCUACUGUCUCUAUGAAAACCUUGUUCUUUUUUCUUAAACACAAAACCAACUUUUAGCGAUUAACAUCAGCUACUUGUAGCACUAGCUAGCUCACUUAUCGGAGACAAAGUCGACGUAACUACAAUUAAAUAAGUUUGGCAGGUUUAAAAUGAUCCGAGAACAUCCUGCUGGUUUUCUGGACGAGAAGCCGGAGCUGAAUCCAAAGCAGGACUUUUGCUUUAUUUUGUUUAGAUUUUAGAAAUUAAUUUAAAUAAAGUAAACUGAGAAUAGCUGGAGUCAGUAUUCCAGGUUCCCCUGAGGCUGUGAUUUAACGUGUUUUUAGUCAUAAAUGCCAUAAAACCGACGAUCAGGAUCUUCAGGGUUCCUCUGCGGAGCUGAAAACUACAGAUGUCCCAGUUCGGGUCCCUGAGGAACUGAUGCUCAACAGCCAUUGGCUCAUCUGUGUUUAGGGGGCGGGGCUUACUGAUAAGUCCAUCUUCUUUUUUUAAAUUUAAAUUUUUUCAACGAGAAACAGAAUUACGACGGUUGUCCGAGCUAGCAGCUGCCGGGUCUUACGAACCACGGAGGAAAUAAGAGCAACGCUCCAGAAAUCCUCCCCUUACCGAAAUGAAAAUUGUGGCCAAAACCAAAUCCGAAAAUAAUAAUAAACACUUGGCCGAAUACCGAACAAUACCGAACAUGGUUCUUCGCAGUUUUUCAUUUAUUUUGCCAAUUUUUUCACCAUUGCAUAAAUCAAAUAAAUUUGAUUUAGGCAUGCUUUUAAAAGAAAAAAAUCUUUUACAAAAUUACAAGGUAGAAAAUAUUUAUUGAACAUAAAAAACUGAACAUGUUUUAUUUUCCCAGCAUUAUGUUGUUUUGGUUCCACCUCCUGGUGAAUGUUAGGUCAAAUUCUUAUGGGGUUAGUUUUUGGUUGGCCAACGAUUUAUGUUUGUGGUGCAACCGUUACGGGAGCGGCCAGUCUAUUUCUUUAUUUUACAACGCCGUUAUUAAUUAUUCGUUUUUUCCCACUUAUUCCACCGAACACCGAAAGUGUUUUUUUGCUAUUUUCGGCCGAACAAUUUCGGUUACCGAACAAUCGGUGCAACAAAAGUGCUAAAGUAGAUCACGUUUAAACCGCUACGUUGGCUAGCUGUUGCUAAGAUGUUUCACUGCACACCAGAGUCCAGGUUCUGACUCGGUUCUGGACGUUUACACGGAUGAACCGACCGACACCAUCGUUCCGAGAUCAUUUUCAGACAAUCAAUGGAGCAUUUUAGGACACUUUUAAAAACCCUAGCUGGCAGUAAAACAACGCAGGAUACCCCGUUACAUCGUAACAUGUUUGAGAGGCGUAAACGCUGAGAAAAUAACAACAAUUCACUAAAAACUACAACAUUUACACAUUUGUAAACAUUUAAAAAUUCGCCACGUCAUCGUUCAAACGUCAUCAAUACCUCUUCUGACCACAUGGGGGCGUACAGAUCUGUAGAAGCCAAACACGCCCCCCCAUGUCACAUUUAUCCGUUUUAACUUGGCUAUCUUAGCUUAUGCUAAUCUUUGAUGCUAAUUAACAUCACUUUAAUCACUUUAUUCUGAUUAAAUCUGUCCAAACAUCCUCAUUUCAGCUCUGGCAGCAGUGAAAGGUUCAACCAUGUUUAACAACGGUGAUGACGACUAGUCGUUGGCUGCGCCGGCUGUCAAUCACAAGUACACGCCCCUAAUUAAACCCAGUGACUACGUUUCCAUGCAGUCAAAAUUCGGGUUAUUGCUAAUAUUCCGGUUACUGAAACAUUGGGAAUAUUCCGUUUACAUGGCAAUUAAUCAUUCAGGAUAUCUGGAUCAAACCAGCGACGCACGGAGAACAUGAUGACGUAAUUCCCGUAAUUUCCUCUUCUUCCUGUAUCCAAAUUCAAAACAAAUGCUGCUUCGUGCAACUUUUCUCUCACCUUCUUGUAAAUCUUCUAUCCCGGUACUUUCUACCGUCUACAAAUGCAGAAAUGUUCAUAUCCUUCAUUACAUUUAUGAAGUGAUUAGUCUCCUCCUGGUCUUGGUUUCUCCGUGUUUAUAAGAACUUCCUGGACUCAAAAGACCAGGAUUCCUUGUGAACAGAACAUGUGCAGAAAACAAAUUCCUGUUCCGUUUGAUGGGGAUAUUCUGUUUGGUGUUUACAUGACCCAAUAUUCAGGUUUUAAAAGGGUUUUUAAAAACCUGAAUAUGAGCAAAUUCCGGUUAUUCAAAGGAGUUAUUGGUGUUUACAUGGCCGUGCAAAAACGGGUUAUUGCUGAUAUUCCGGUUUUAAAAGGGUUAUUGAUGCUGGAAACGCAGUGUUUGUAGGUUCAUAUAAUUUUACCUGACGUGGUAAAGAAGUUCCCACCUGUGAAGUUGUCCUGGUUCUGGAACUGCAAAUAUGUUUAUUUUACAUUUUAACAUCGAGAACUGCAACCGUUCCUCCUUCAGAAGUUAGAAACGUUGGUUCCUGGACACGUACGAUCUUGUGAUCUGCUGCCCCCCGGUGGUCAGAAGUGGAACUGCCACCGCAAGGUUUUCAGCUCAGUUAAAGGAAACCGCAUUUAUCACUCAAAAGAAAUUCCCUUUAACCUUGUACUGUCUUUGGGUCAAAAUGACCUAAUUCUCCUAUCCUUCUUUCCUCUCAUAUCUUCCUUCCUUCCUUCCUUCCUUCCUUACUUCUUUUUUCCCUUCCUUCCUUCUUUCCUCCUGCUCUCUCCUUCCUUCUUCCCUUCCUCUUUUUUCCCUUCCUUCCUUCUUUCCUUGUUUCCUUCCUUCCUUCCAUUUUCCCUUCCUACCUUCUUUCCCUCUUUUCUUUCUUCCUUCCUUCUUUCUUUCCUCCCUUCUUCCUUUCCUCCGUCCUUUUUUGUUUUGACAUUUCGGACUUAACGUUUUCGAGUUGUUUCUGACGAGCAGCAGAAACGUUACGAGCCGUCACCUGAAGCACAGAAGGUUUCAACGAGCACAUAAGGGUUUAACAAAUAUAACGACGAUACGACGUCCUGGAAACCUCCGCUCAAGUGUCUUUGUGUCGUCGUGGAAACUAAGGGCUCAGCUAAUGCUGCGAACGCACCGCUAAACUAACCGUGUCCGGCGUGCCUGACGGACUGAAGCCAGAAAACCAAAAACGCGCCGCUGCAGUUCUCCGGUCGGCCACCGGGGGGCGGCAGAGCGCCGUCUCUCUGCAGUUCCCCGGUCGCCACCGGGGGGCGGCAGAGCGCCGUCUCUCUGCAGUUCUCCGGUCGGCCACCGGGGGGCGGCAGAGCGCCGUCUCUCUGCAGGAACCGGGAGUGCUGCAGGAAAGGUGCACUAUCGUCGACAUAAAUGCAUGAACGCUUUUUUAAAAAGCUUUUUUCUUAAAAGGUUCCGGCAUCUUCGCCCUUUAAAGGACGUGAUUAUAGAUGUGUCGCUUUUUUUCGUGCAUGUAGCUGAAAAACAGGUUUCUCACGAUGAGCUGCUUUGAUUGGCUGGGUAAACUGUGACAUCACAGAUGGGCGGGGCUGAUUUGCCUGUCUGACUCCGCCCACUAAAACCGUCCGCUAUGAACGGAGCUGCAAAGACAGGAGGUUUUUGUAAAGUCUCUCUGUGGUAUUUUGGCAAAAGAAAUUGUUCCAGCUUUUAAGAAAUCAUUAAAAAUAAAAGUCUUGUCUCCUUUAAGCACGAGAUUCGGUCUCGCGGCUGUUUUCCUCCCAGACAGAAGAUAAACUGCAGUUUUCUCUCCGUGUGCAGAUGCUGAUUGCCGUAAUAAAGGGAAACUAUGAUUU